UUAAUUUCGUAUGACCUCACUUCUCCAAAUUAAAUGAAAAAAGAGUUUUCUCUACCUUUCCAUGAAGCUCAGCUAUUGCCUGUUAAUUUUGACUGUUACUGCUGAUCUUUCCAUUGGAUUUAUACUGGAAAAUGUAGCUUUUAACAGGACAGUUUCUCUUGGGACUUUCAAUACGUCACUUCAUACAGUGUCUCAAGCUUUAGUGAGUUCUCCAGCACACCAUGAUAUCAUUGCCAAAGAGGGCACCAGUAUUUUACUGGAAUGUAAACUGAACAACAGCCAGUAUGAAUAUAUUCUUUGGUAUAACUCCAGAGGACACCUGCUUGAACAGAAGGAGGAAGGUGGCCGAUGGAGGAUUGCUGAUAAUUCCCUCAACAUCACAAGGGUCAGCUUUGCUGACCGGGGGCGAUACACGUGUGCAGGUGUUAACCAUAAUGACACCACGUACUACACGGUCACCCUGAGGGUCAUCUUCACCUCAGGAGACAUGAGUAUCUACUACAUGAUUGUGUGCCUCGUUGCCUUUGCCAUCACCCUCAUUUUAAACAUAACCCGGCUGUGCAUGAUGAGCAGUCACCUGCGCAAGACAGAGAAGGCUAUCAAUGAGUUCUUCAGGACGGAAGGGGCUGAGAAGCUUCAGAAGGCUUUUGAGAUAGCCAAGCGUAUCCCUAUCAUCACCUCUGCCAAAACGCUGGAGCUGGCCAAAGUCACUCAGUUUAAGACCAUGGAGUUUGCUCGCUACAUUGAGGAGCUCGCCAGAAGCAUUCCCCUUCCACCCCUGAUCCUUAACUGCCGGGCCUUCAUGGAGGAGAUCUUUGAGGCGGUGCGAGUUGAGGAUCCUGAUGAAGCAGGUGAGGAGGGAAAGCAGAGCCAAGCCUGCGGCGCCCAGCCCGCACUAUACCCCAGCAACCCAGAGCUGAAGCGCAGCGACUCGCCAGCCGGCGAUUCAGACGAUGGCUCCAUGAAUGAGCAGGGCCAGGAGAUAGCUGUCCAGGUGUCCAUCCACCCGCAGUCAGAAGUGCAGAGCAUUGAUUCUGCUUCUCACGACAGCUGCCAGUUUGCACCUUCGGAGGAAGGCACCUGCUGAGCCCGGCGCUGUUGUGAAGGAAGCACAGACAACCCCAGGAUGCUGCCAGAAGGGGGGUCUGCAACCCACCUGCCUCAGUCCCAUCUGCACAAGUGCUUUGCAAAUCGCAAGGUGCCAGAACUGCUACUGAAAUCUGUAUCUUCUGUCAGUGUUCAUCUAAUGGU